AUGAGCAUGCCAGGCUCCUUCAGCCCCCAUGCUCCCUCGAGCCCCAAGAUGGCCCCAACCGCCGCUGCGUCGUCUGCCUCUACGGGCGAUGUCAAGAAGCCGGAUGCCUUUCUGACGCCGCCUCUUCGCCUCGGCGAGUCUUCCGAUGCCUAUUCCCUCCACAGCACCAACGCCAAUGCACCUGGCCGAUUCUACGACGACGACCCCGCCGAGUUGCCUGGGAGUGGCGGCGACGAUGACGACCUGCCGCCUCUAUACACCGACGAGCCCUCGGCCGACGGCGUCCGCGAUCCUCUGCUCCAGAUCCAGGACCUGCACAGCAAGCAGCACGGCCUCGUGCCGCCCCAUCUCGUCGUGCCCGACACGGGCAACGAGUACCACAUCGACCGCCGCCUCGACGCCGACCCCUCGUUCCUCCAACGCCACAUCGAGGCGUGCGCCGAGAUACCGCCCCGUGCUUUUGUACGCCUGCGCGGCACCCACACGGAGCCCGUCCGCCGCGGCGACAAGACGGAGCGCCAGACGCACGUCGACUUUGACGUCCGCCUCGAGCUGACGCCCUUUCUCUACAGCGAUAUUGCCACGCACACGAGCUGGCGCACCCUGCGCACCGCCGACAACUUUGCCAAGGUCCGCCGCGGCACCGUCUUCGCCACGCGCGCCCCGGGUUUCGGCGGCGCCCGCGCCCCCGGCGGCGUCGUCACGGCCCUCGAGCAGGCCGCCCCGGCCUCGCCGAGUGGUGCCACCGCUACUGCGCCAGCCACGCCGGCCUCAAAGACGUUCCAGCUGCGCCGCGAGGUGACGGGCUGGAAACGAGGACCUCGUCCGGUCCAAGCUCGAGACGCUCAUCCGCGCCACCGGCUACCAGGGCCACGUCGCCGUCACCUUUCCCCUGCAGGGCGAGACGGUCACCGUCUACAACGACGCCGCCACGAACCGCUGGCGCCUGCUGCGCUGGUUGGUACAACAUGUGGGGCCCGCGCCGUCCGCCGCGCCGUCCUCGAGCGCAGGCAGGGCACCCUCGACCAGGGCGACCUCGUCGCCGCCGAGGGCGCCCAGGACGCCACCUUUGAGGGCCAGACCGAGGCGCAGGCCGUCGUCGGCAACGCCGUCGGCAAUUUCGUGCGCGCCGGCGUCAGCGCCAUGAAUGCGGUCAAUGUGCGGUUCGGCUGGGGCGGCGACCACUGA